AUGAAGUCGCGCAAGAAGGAGCCUAGCGUAACGCAUAUCCCGAUUCUAUCACUUAAAGAGGCUACUGACUUAUCGCCUAUUGGAACUUCGAAGCAUCGUUUGCACCGUUUAAGUCGCGCACUUAGCGCGCCAUUGGUUGACCUAGCCUUGGUGAAGCAGAUUCUAUGGCUAGGUGUACCGGCAGAUUCACCUUUAAACCACCGUGCAGAUGCAUGGCGUUUGGUUUUGGGUUACCUUCCUGUUGUCACAUCGAGUCGUAAUAGUUUGCUUGAGCGUAAGCGUCACCACUACCGUGAGAUGUGUAAGCAACAUUGCGAGACAGAUGCCAUGUGUGACUCUGACCAGAAGACCCUAAAACAGAUACAAGUUGACCUACCACGUACAAAUCAGACGUUACGUCUGUUUAAGGAUCACCGUGUGCAGAAGUUAAUGGAAAGGGUCUUAUACAUAUGGAGUGUUCGUAACCCUGCUAGUGGUUAUGUUCAGGGUAUAAACGACCUUUUAGUUGUUUUCGUCUGUGCGUUUAGUCGUCCGUAUUUAAAAUGUUUCCAAUUGGAUACUGACGCCGUGGAUGGUUUGACUGACAAGGAUCUGGGUGAGAUUGAGGCUGAUUGUUUCUAUUGCCUCUCUCGUGUUUUAUCGCAAAUGCAGGACAAUUACACCGAGAACCAGCCGGGUGUCUAUAAGUCUAUGAACAAGUUAAAAGACUUGGUUAAACGUAUCGACGGGAAGUUGUAUGACCAUUUUGAGCGUAUUGGUGUCGACAUUUUACAGUUUCCAUUUCGUUGGAUGAACUGUAUGUUGAUUCGCGAGCUUCCUCUGGAAUGUGCCAUACGUCUAUGGGAUACUUACAUCGCAGAGUUGGACAAUGGUAUUGUGUCCUUCCAUGAAUAUGUUUCCGCGGUGUUUCUGAGUGUUUGGUCGGAGCAGCUGCUUCAGAUGGACUAUCAGCAUUGUCUAUUGUUUUUACAGCGUCUUCCUACAUCAGGCUGGGGUAUAAACGAGAUCGAUGCGAUAAUUUCUAAGGCGUUUGUACUUCAAUCGGCAUUCCAGGACUCCCCUAACCAUUUGAUGUAG